AUGCGCCCAUCCCAAUGGUCAGUCCUGGUCUUUGGGGACUCGUGGGCAGACUACAUGCAUCCAACUUGGCCACAGGUCCUGGGACGGAGAUUGGGUGCACGAGUGAUCAAUUUUGCUCAAGCAGGUUCUAUGUGCGUGGACAUCAGAAACCAAGCGCAGCGGGCGCUGAUCAGCCCAGAGGUGCCCAAAGCUGUGGGUGGCCUGUUCCUGACUGAAACGUUAGUCGUCAUCCAUACGUGUGGGAAUGAUUUCAUCAUGAAGUUGGCAGAGGCUUUCAUGGGGGGCGGACUUGGUGGCCUGCUCGGUGGUGGGGGAGGUGCCUCUUUGGCCACCCCCGAGAUGCUGCAGCCGAACCCCGGCGUGCGCGAAGUGGCGUUCAUGAAAGAGUUCCUCGAAUCCAUGCACCGGGCUGGGGCCAGGAACUUUCUGGUCUCCGGCGUCCCGAUUUUUCUGGACAUGCCAGUUUUCAACAUGGCCAUGCCUAUCAUUGCUGGAAUGGUGAACUCUGGGCGCCUAGAGGCCUUGGGUGUUGGCCCUGGAGACCCGCCACGGCUGGCAGUGGAAGUGCAGGCAUCUGCUCUGCACGAGCGGUGGGAGGAGCUGGUCGAGGACUUCAGCAAGCGCCACACCGACAGUAAUUGCGUCUUCUUCGACGAGGUUGCGGCAUUGGAGCGGCUUCGGCUGUCCUUUGGGGAAGCAGUCUUUGACCGCUCCAUGUGGGACUUCAGCAUGUUCCAUCCUACUGCCUGGGGCCAUGAGCAGCUGGCUGUGGAGGCACAGCGUGUGGUGACCGAGAAGAUACCUGCCGUGACUGUCCUGCACUCAGGUGGUGUCACCUGCUUGAGUAUGAUCCCGCUUUUUCCUUGCUCCUGCAUCAUCGCAUAUCAUCGUAUCGAUUAG